AUGAAGAGAGGAGCCGAAAAACAACUUAACUACGAAAAUUGGGAUGAGCCAGAGGAGCAAGUUGACUCUGGAAAGUUUGAAAAGGCUGACCCGGAGACCCUAAAGGCACGAAAAAUUUUGACGGUGCGCAGAAAUUCUGCCCAACCAUCUGCCAGCAAGUUGGGUAUUUUCAAGUCGUUCGAUGCUUUUGGUGCUGUCAAGACUACGACUCCUAACUCCUCAUCGACGACUGACAACUCGGAUCCAAAAACGCCAAACGACGCUUAUCUAGCUAGAUUGUCCGUCCUAAAUAAGGAAUUUUUGGCGUGGAUAACCAAGCAUGUGUCCGAGGACCCAUACUGUAUACUGACACCAAUCUUUGGUGACUACGCGAAGCACCUGCAAUCUAUUGAAACUUCAGAGGGCGCCUCGAAAGAAAGCCCAACGUCAGUUGCUUCUUCCGACAAAGUCCCGGUGGAUUUGAACAAUUCCAAACCUUUCAGUUUUCAGGCUUCCGCAACUGCCGCCCCACCAUCUUUGCCAGCGCCCUCCCUCCCAAAUGGCGGUUUCACCUUUUCGUUCUCUCAAACCAGCACAUCCAGCGAGUUGCCAAAGCCUGUAUUUAGUUUCGGUUUGUCAACGGCGAAAACUACCGGUGUCACCUCAACAACACCAGCCUUCUCGUUUUCGGCGCCACCAAAGGAAGCUACCGAGGAUGCAAAAUCUAGCACCAAUGAUGCCGGUAAUUUUGCCUUCAGGCUUUUCUCUUCUUGCCUUUUUUUCUGA